GGUAAAAGAGGUUAAAGGUCUUUGAUUUGUAACUGACGAGGAACCGGUCGAAAGUCACCCUGCGCCUCUUCAACGCGUCUUCUGAUCACGCUGACAGGAGAAGCGGACUAAACAGGCCAAGAUCGUGUAAAUACAGUAAAGAUGGCCAAAAAGCGAAGAGAAAAGGCAGAGGCGGGCGGCAGUUCCACAGAGACUUUAUCGGAGAAGCGGGCGAAGACAGAUGAUGAGACAUUUAAAGGGCACUCAUCUCCUGUUGGCGGGUCGGCCCGCGUCUCCCUCCUUAUCCUGCUCUGCAUCUUCACGUGCGCUGCCUCCGUCAUGUAUCUAGUGUACCAGAACUUCCCCGAGCUCAGUGAAGAUGAGAGAGAAAAGAUAAAGAUCCCCAAGGACAUGGAUGAUGCCAAGGCCUUGGGCACAGUGCUCUCCAAGUACAAGGACACCUACUACACCCAGGUGUUGGUGGCCUACUUUGCUACAUACGUCUUCCUCCAGACAUUUGCGAUCCCCGGCUCCAUCUUUCUCAGCAUCCUGUCUGGCUACCUCUACCCCUUCCCUCUGGCCCUCUUCCUGGUCUGCCUGUGCUCUGGCCUGGGAGCGUCUUUCUGCUAUAUGCUGUCCUACUUGGUGGGCCGGCCAGUGGUCUACAAGUAUCUGACGGAGAGGGCUCAGAAGUGGUCUCAGCAGGUGGACAAGCACAGAGCGCAUCUCAUAAAUUACAUAAUCUUCCUGAGGAUCACUCCCUUCCUCCCCAACUGGUUCAUUAACAUCACCUCCCCUGUUAUCAACGUGCCUCUGGGGGUCUUCUUCCUCGGGACUUUCUUUGGUGUAGCUCCUCCGUCCUUCGUGGCGAUCAAUGCAGGGACCACCCUCUACAAGCUGACCACAGCUGGGGAGGCCGUGUCAUGGAACUCUCUCGCCGUGCUUGGACUGCUGGCCGUGCUUUCCAUCCUGCCCGUCUGCUUCCAGAAGAAGCUGCAGCAGAAGAUGGAGUAGGUUUUCUCUGUGCCCUACCUGUUGAACCUGUACAGCCUGUCCCCUACAGCCCGCGUAUCACCUCACAACACAACCUCAAGUCUGGGAUGGCGAUAGGCUGCUGUUAUACACACAGCUCUGUCCUCGUGCCCUAUGGCUGCAGUUGACAGGCUAAGUGCCACAGCCCUUACGCUAUUGGUCAUCAAUGACCGUAGUGUGCCUGCCCCCGUUCAAGUUCUGUGUGAAUGAGAUCUGGUUUAAGAAACCAUUGAAACCCGGUCAUUGGGCUGUCACUGCUGAUUCCAGAUGUGCACACAGAGGCACAUCUGUCCAGAUACACAGCUGGUGAAGCACAGUCUCUGUCUCCUCCCAGAAAGACUUGUCAUCCUUGAAUUUUUAUUUUUAAUCUAGCAUUGUUCUUAGUGCAUGUUUGAAUGAGUUAAAGAAUAGAAACGUAGAAGCUAUUUUCACCAGCAGUCUUUUCCCUCUCAUUAAUGAAAUGCGUUCCAUCUUUUUGCAUUUUAAUGUUUUUAACGUUUCCUGUACCCACCUGGUACUGGAGUGUGUAUGCACUUCAUAUGAAUGACCUAAGCAAUAUUUUCCCCGUGACUUCAGUUACAUCUUUUUGGGGAAGAAAACCUGGAAGGGUCCCCCCUCCCUUAUGUUUUCAUGCAUUGGUGACUAGAGACCAUUAUGGUAUAAGGAAAAAAAACAAUUCUUUGGUUGCAUCUGAUGAAACUUGAAAUGUUAAAUAGUUACUACUUGCCUAUCACGGUGACUGCAGUGAAGUAUAGUUUUUAAUUAAAGUUAACAACUGCAUUUUAUUUGGCCCAGUCAGAUAUGAAUGGUAUGAAAUGCUACAACUCAUUUUAUGCCUAUUUUUGUUUCUUUUUGUGCGUGUGGCAUAAUGAGGCAUGAUUGAAGAGCAGCUAAUAGAUCCAUUGCAGUGUUGAAGAGUUUGAUAAUGGUUUUAUACUUCUUCAGACUGAAACACUGAUGUAGAUUAAUGUAGUAUCCUAAUUAUUAAAUAAUCUACUCCAGAUCCUCAAGUCUUACUUAACAACUGGGACACGGUUGACUUUGUAUUAAGGGUUGACAGUAGACUGAUACUUGUCUUGCUGUUUUGCUCCAAAAUAUUGCUGCCUUGUACCUGCUUUUAUACUUUGUUUUAUAGUGGAAAACUUGGCUACCAGAGAACUUCUUUCCUUGAUUGGACCCUUACAACAUUUUUCUUUGCUCUCCAUCUUACAGUGCUAAUGUGAUUCUGUGGUAAGAGUUUACCACUCUUACCUCUCUAGACUUCGCCAAAAAAGAACACACUGUAAAUUUGGAGCGUCAGGAUGUUUUUUCCUGAUUUGAGUAUCCAUAAUGCUGUUGUCCAAGUUCUACUUUUACGUUCCUAAUUCUUUUGGACAUUUUGCGGUCCUGCAAUAUCAGUGGUACAGACUGUACUAUUCCCUGUGUUGUUUGGAUUCCAGUUGUCCAUUUUUUUUCUUUGCAUUUUAAACCUAGUUUGAUGGGUUCCGAAGUGAGAAUACUGGAAUUUUGUUUAUCAGAUGGAGGAGACUGCACGGGAAAUAUGAUAAGGAUGGGUUAGUUCAAAAACCAUUGUGAAAUUUACUCUGUACAAACUUGAAGGUGGCAGGGUUGGAUUGGUUAAUGUCUGAUUGGAUAGUUUGUGGCGGCGUCUGAAAUUUGUCAGUACCGUUAACAUUCACUAAAGCCGGUUCUUUAUUCUUUUCCUCCGGAAAUAUAUUUAUUUAUGCAUUUAGGACUGGAUUUUUUUUUUUUUUUAAAUAAAUCUUGAAACAAACAGGGAAGCAGUUGAAGAUUUAGCAAUUUUAUGGGUGAAAUAAUCUGUGCUACUUUUACGUCUUAAGUAGUGUAAGAAGGGUUUUCAGAAAUUUAAUUGUUGAAAUUGGAGCCGCCCCCCAGCACCACUGUUAUUAACAAUUAAGCAUAUUCAAAACCUUAUUUAAAUCAUGAAUGUGUCACAGCAGCAUAGCUGGAAUUACUGUGGCCCAAAGUACCUGGUCUUAGCUGGAAGUAAGGGCUGUGUGGAGUUGGUGCUUGUUGGUGGAGCCUUUGCAAUAAUUCUGCUCAAUCAUUCCAUUAACAAUGGCUCCAAACCAUGGGGAAAAAAUGUUUGGCCCCUCUGAGGAGGAGGUGUGGCCACUGUUCUCUGCAUCCAGAUGGAAUCCUCUAAUGCAUGUGAGUUUGAGAAUUAUAGUGUAAUCUGGGAAGUUCACAUGAAUAUCUAAUUUAUACCUUAAUUACACAACUUCAUAUCCAGUCAGUCCCCUUCAAUUUUACUUUGGCUUCUGAAUGUCAGUUGCUCUUCUGCAGAAAUUAAUUUUAUGAACAUAGCAAAACAUUAACGGUUUUCCUCUAAUGUUCAUCUGCAGAAGUUUUCUUUUGUGUUUUUGCAUUAUACCUUUAGCAGGUGGUGGUGUUGUCCAGAUGGUACUGUUACCUGCUUUUGGCAUGUAAAAAUGACCUUGACUUCCUGUCACUUCACCAUGUCUUAAACUGCCUCAUUUGAAAUAUAUCUCUGUGACCACAGUAUUACAUCUUAAAACAAACUGUAUUGCAGAAUGAUGCAUUUAAGUCCCUUUUUGU